UGUCCGCUCCCUGUCCAUAUUGCGCUGUUGUGAGUUUUGUGUCAUGUAACCUCAUUACUUCAUAAAGAUUGGUCUUCAAAGUCCAAGGGACUAUAUCGAAGACCUAGAGAGACAAAGUUGAUUAAAUAGACAGAUCCGCAGUGCGGAUCGCAGUGGAGAUUAGUCGCACGUUUGAUGUUUAUUAAGAGUACACUGUACAGUACACCCAUCUCCGACUGAACGCAAGCUCGUCUCGCCCGGCGAGAAAACAAACACGAGUCUCGACGUCGGUUCCCCGCGAUGACGAAGAAGAAGUCUCGGGCGCCCGCGGCGUCGCGGGAGCAGCUGAUGAUGCUGACGGUGGCGGAGAUCAUUAGCGAGCUCGUUAGUGCGCACGACGGCUCCCGCGACGUCAACCUCAACCGCCUUAAGAGCCGCGCGGCGAGCAAGCACGGUCUCGCGUCGCAGCCACGCCUCGUCGACAUCAUCGCCGCCGUGCCGGCCGCAUACAGGAAGGCUCUGCUGCCGAAGCUGAAAGCGAAACCUGUUCGCACGGCUAGCGGGAUCGCCGUCGUCGCGGUGAUGUGCAAGCCCCACCGCUGUCCCCACAUUAACUUCACAGGUAGCUGUCCCCCCACAUUAACGUCACAGGUAGCUGUCCCCACAUUAACUUCACAGGUAGCUGUCCCCACAUUAACUUCACAGGUAGGUGAUCUAUAGAGCUGGACUCCCCACAUUAACUUCACAGGUAGCUGUCCCCACAUUAACUUCACAGG